AUGGAAGUAAGAGAACGCCUGCGUACUCGUUUGUAUUUCAUUACAACACCAGAUAUAAGAAAUAUCGCCUCCAAGUGUCGAAUAGAGCCAAGAAGACUCCACAAUAUGGACACGGAGUCAAUUCAGAUGCGAGUUGAUGCCAACCCGCAAUCUGAUGGCAUCCAGUUUUACAGUCGAACGCAAAGGGAGUGGCUACAGAAGUACGGACAGAGGGCGUUAUGUGUGGACGAUACGUUCAAUCUAACGUCCUACUCGCUAAGAUUGGCCACUGUAAUUGUUGCGGAUGAAUGGGAUAGGGCUCUUCUAGCGGCAUACCUUCCCUCUUAUAGAAUGACCGAGGUAGCGGUCAGCAUAGUGUUUGAGCACGUGAAAAAGCUCCUGCCUUCCUUCCGCACGGACUAUUUCAUGACGGAUGGCACGAACACGUUCUGGAACGGUUUCAACAAGCAAAUUAUUGCCCCUUUCGAGCCUUUCCUGAAGAAGAUAAGAGAAAUCUGCCUCGCCCGUAACAGAAACAAGUUCGUGGCGAAAUACACGUCGAUGUUGAAGUGUCUUCGUGAGAAUGAAGAAACUGUACUGGCCUCAUAA